CUGACUCGUUCGGCUUUGACUUUAGAUGCACCAGGAUCAAACAUGUCUUCAGUUAUAAUGAAGAGACAAACCAAACUAAAUGUACAGAUUUUCCUCCAUUAGAGUCCUUGCUUCGUCUGCUUUUGCCCCCUCUUCGACGCCCCUGGCAUUCAUAGAAAGUAUUUCUGUGGGGGCAAUAAAACAAAGUCCUUUAUGCUGACCAGACCCAAAGCUGGCCCCUCAGGGUCACGUGGCUCCAUGUGACAGGAGGAGGAGGAGGGGAAGCUGCUGAAGCACAGCGGCGUGCAGCAGAGAGCAGCGACAGACCUCAGAGGAUCACUGGAGAGAGAGGGACGCCGACAGAGAGAGGAAAGAUGAGAGAAAUCGUUCAUAUCCAGGCCGGACAGUGUGGGAACCAGAUCGGGACAAAGUUCUGGGAGGUGAUCAGCGAUGAGCACGGCAUCGACCCGGCAGGGAGCUACGUGGGAGACUCGUCUCUGCAGCUGGACAGAGUCAACGUCUACUACAAUGAGGCGUCCUCUCAUAAAUACGUCCCCAGGGCCGUGUUGGUCGACCUGGAACCAGGAACCAUGGACAGCGUGCGCUCAGGAGCCUUCGGACAACUUUUCAGACCAGACAACUUCAUCUUUGGUCAGACAGGUGCGGGGAACAACUGGGCCAAAGGUCACUACACAGAAGGGGCGGAGCUUGUGGACUCUGUCCUGGACAUAGUGAGGAAGGAGUGCGAGCACUGCGACUGUUUACAGGGCUUCCAGCUGACUCACUCUCUGGGAGGCGGCACCGGCUCGGGCAUGGGCACCCUGCUGAUCAGCAAGAUCCGAGAGGAGUAUCCCGACCGCAUCAUGAACACGUUCAGCGUCAUGCCUUCACCGAAGGUGUCCGACACCGUGGUGGAGCCGUACAACGCCACCCUGUCGGUCCACCAGCUGGUUGAAAACACAGAUGAGACCUACUGCAUUGACAACGAGGCGCUUUAUGACAUCUGUUUCCGCACUCUUAAACUCACCACGCCCACCUACGGCGACCUUAACCACCUUGUGUCAGCCACCAUGAGCGGCGUAACGACCUCUCUUCGUUUCCCCGGGCAGCUGAAUGCAGAUCUCCGCAAACUGGCUGUCAACAUGGUGCCCUUCCCCAGACUCCACUUCUUCAUGCCGGGAUUCGCUCCUCUAACGGCACGGGGCAGCCAGCAGUAUCGAGCACUCACUGUUCCCGAGCUCACCCAACAGAUGUUUGACGCCAGGAACAUGAUGGCGGCCUGCGACCCUCGCCACGGACGCUACCUGACUGUUGCCACCGUCUUCCGUGGUCCGAUGUCCAUGAAGGAAGUGGACGAGCAGAUGCUGAACGUGCAGAACAAGAACAGCAGCUACUUUGUGGAGUGGAUCCCCAACAACGUCAAGGUGGCCGUCUGUGACAUCGCCCCCCGUGGGCUCAAGAUGGCCGCCACCUUCAUCGGCAACAGCACGGCUAUCCAGGAGCUGUUCAAGCGGAUCUCUGAGCAGUUCUCUGCCAUGUUCCGCCGAAAGGCUUUCCUGCACUGGUUCACAGGUGAAGGCAUGGACGAGAUGGAGUUCACAGAGGCCGAGAGCAACAUGAACGACCUCGUGUCCGAGUACCAGCAGUACCAGGAGGCCACCGCCAAUGACGGCGAGGAGAACUUUGACGACGAUGACGAUGAAAUCGUUGAGUAAGAAGGAACUGUAAAACUCUCAGAGCCUUGGUAGAGUGAUCACACAGUAGUAACAAACCAACAGCAGUAGUUUGAGUUCCAGUGAUUGAUCGAUGAGCUAACGUUACCACAGCAGUGGUACAGUAGUUACAGAACUAACAUGAACACUUGGGAGUUGCUUCGUAGACCGAUUAGAUACAGGAAUGCAUUUUCUUGAAAUUUCUUGAAGUUGAGUAGAAUAAAUCAAAAAGUCAUUGACCAAACACCAAAAACAGGAAGUAGUUUGUUGGUGUUUUCUUGGAUCAAAGAACGUACAUUUUUCAAUCAAAAGUAUUUCUAAGCCCAACCUACAUGGAGUUUUUGGACCAAGACCAUAUAGUAGUAAAUAAAGUUUAACAAUAUGGCAGCAGUCAUAGGGAUUUUUUUUAAAAAUUGGAAAUGGAAGUUUUGUACCAAAUUGCGCUGAUGUUCCUCCAGUUAAAUCUUUAAUAAUGGCGAGGAUGGCUGCUCGAAAACUAAAAUAUGGACGAUAAAACAUGACAUUUUUUAAAGUGCAUUCCCCUGAUCAAAUGUGUGAAUUUCAAUCUGUUUGGCCUGUUUCAUCUUCAUCUAUUUGGUAAUAAAGUGGCUUAAAAACGUGACUAACAUUAGUCACAACAACAACUAACAUUGAACAACAUGCAAUUUUAAAAAUGCUUUAUGUACACUUUUCUGAAAUCCUAUUUUGAGCCAAAAUGUUGUUAAAUUUUCACCAAAACCAAAGUCACUGUGAUGUAGUCGUUCUCCAUUUUUGUGCUGAACUUCACUGAACUUUAACCACAGAGGCACUAUUCUGUAGUGGAAGUACUAGAACCUGUACAUCAUCCAAAAACAUGUCCGUACAGCUGCCAAUGAAAAAGACUAAUAUUUUAGUUGGGUACUGUGAUUAUGUGUCACAGAUGCUCUGACGUACUCAUGGUUGGACGUUAAAGUGAAAAACAUAUCUGGUGAUUUCUAUAAAAGCAAAGAUGUGUGAUUGUGACUGUAGAGAAUCCUUCCUAACUCAUGUUUUUACAGUUUGGUGUCAGCGUGUGCUUGUUGUUUUUUUUAAAGCUGGUUUUUGUACGUGUGAGUGCGUCUAAAACGCUGCAGAGGUUUCAAUAAACGUUGCUUUC